AUGAAAUUAGCAGUAUCCUCGGUCCUAUUCGCUCUGCUGGGGAGUCAGUUUGGACCUCAAGUGGUUGCCAAUGUCGCAAGUGAUGCCAUCAACCACAUCACUGACAGCCUCAAUAUGCACAAUGCAGCUGUCAAUAGUGAUAUCAAUGCGAUACCGGCUGUCGAAGCUCGUGUUCGCCGAGACCAGACACCGGCAUCGAAUAAGCCAACGAUGGACGAAGAACCAUUGACGGAGAUUGAAGAACGCGGUCGGAAGCGUCAUGGCUGUUACUUCGCUGGUGAUUUCUAUAGGAAGGGUACAGAAAGAGAACUUGACAAUGGUCAUUGCCGAUGCAAGCGUAAUGGAAAAUGGGUGUGUGAAUUCGAAGCACCGGAAUGUCAUUAUAAGGGAAAUGACUACGAGGAAGGGUCGUGGGUAAAGUGCGAGGGUGGAAGAGACUGUCGAAAGUGGACGAAAUGCAAGUGCAAGGAUGGUGAGCUGACGGACUGUAAAGCACCCAUCAAGAAGUGCAAUUACAAUGAAGAACGUCACGACAGUGGUGGUUGGGUUCAUUGCCAAGGCAAAGAUUGUCACAAGUGGCUUAAAUGCAAAUGUGACAAUGGAAAAUUGACCAACUGCAAAGAUGCUCCCAAAAAAUGCGACUACGACGGAGCGCGAUAUGAUAUUGGUGAUUGGAUUAAGUGCGAGGGCUCUGAUUGCCAAGAUUGGAUCAAGUGCAAAUGCGAGCAUGGAAAGCUUAUUGACUGCAAAGAACCUCCCAAGAAGUGCUACUACGAUGGAAGUGUGCAUGACAACAAUGACUGGGUAGAAUGCGAGGACAGAGACUGUCGUCAGUGGACAAAAUGCAAAUGUAAAGAUGGAAAAUUGAAAGAUUGUAAGGAGGCACCAAAGAUGUGCCACUAUGAUGGAGAAGACUACGACAACAAUGACUGGGUUGGAUGUCAGGGUGGAGACUGCAAGGAGUGGACUAAAUGCAAGUGUCAUGACGGCGAAUUGACCGAUUGUAAGGACCCACCCCAGUCCUGUUACUACCGACGAUCAGAAUAUUCUGAUGGCGAUUGGGUGCACUGCCGUAGACGCGACUGCAGAGAAUGGUCUAAGUGUAAGUGUAAUGAUGGGGAGUUCAAGAAUUGCAAAGAUCCAAUAGAACGGCCGUCCCGCUAUAACCGCCCAUACAAAGGGUGGGGUCGAGAUUGA